CGAAAGGAAUUUACGACACCGUUCCGUCGUACGGCCGUUGCUGUGACGCUACUUGGGAAACAUGUGAGCGGUGUUUCAUGUGAACUCCUCAGAUGCUUUUGUCAAAAUAAAACAUAGUCAACCGGUAAAGUCUAAAUAUGCACGAAAGGCUGCUUCCUGCCUCUCCUAACUGGUACUGUUCGCGGUGCUGUGACGUCAACAGCUGCGGCUUGCUGGGAUACGGAGCCAAAAACUUACUCAAUUUGAUUGACGUGUCGGCAUCCACCUGCAGGACUGUGGGAGUCCUCGCGGGGCAUAAAGGCUUGGUGUCGGGCGUUUCCUUCUGCCAGGAUGCGACGCAAACCCACAUCUGUGCCACAUCCUCCUCAGAUGGCAUGGUCCUCUUCUGGGACACAAACACCCAAACUCUGAUAAGGGAGGAUGCAGCUCAUCAGAAUCCGGUCACGGCCUUGCACUGGUCCCCCUUGGACAAGAACUUGGUGGUGUCAGGGGAUGAGAAGGGGAUCAUGGUAUGUCACUGGUACAAAACAGGAGACACCACAAGUUUCUUCCCGGAGCCUAGAAACAUCAUCUGCCUCACCUGCUCCCCUCACACGUGGAACACAGUGGCUGUCGGGUACAAAGACGGCAUGAUUGUGCUGAUUGACGUAAGUAAGAAAGGCGAGGUGACGCACCGUCUCCGCGGACACGAUGACGACAUCCACUCACUGGCGUGGUGCCCCGUUGCCGGCGAGGACGCCCUCUACUGCAGAGCGGAGGCUGUCAACGCAUCUAACGGGAUGAGUGCAGGUGAGGAAAAAGCCUGCUACCUCGCUUCCGGAAGCAAAGACCAGACAGUGAAGAUUUGGAGCACGGCAACGGGGAAAGGCGUGUCGACCAUGAAACUGCCCUAUCUGAAGAGAAGAGGUUCUGCUGUCGACCCGACCCUGAAAGAGAGACUCUGGCUCAACGUCCACUGGCCUAAAGGACGACCCACUCAGUUGGUGUCCAGCUGCUUCAGUGGUGAGCUAGUGAUGUGGGACUUAACCAGGACUGGGAAGCAGAAGUGGACGUUGUUUGGUUCGUCCUCCGAGGGACAAAACCACAGCAGGAUUGUCUUCAACACAGCGUCCUUCAUCCUGCAGGACGGUCGUGAGGUGCUCCUCAGCACGUCUUUGGACAGAGAGGUGAAAUGCUGGGACAUGGCCUCCCUCGACUGUUGCUGGACGCUGCCCACGCUUGGCGGCUUUGCGUACAGCCUGAACUUCUCGCCCAUCGGCACCGGCUGCCUUGCUCUAGGUGUGGGCGACAGCAUGAUCCGGGUGUGGAACACAAUGUCCGCACAGAACCCUUACGACAUGCGCUGCUUCUGGCAGGGCAUCAAAUCCAAGGUUACAGCGCUGGCUUGGCACCCGAAAAGAGAGGGAACCUUGUCGUUUGGCACAGACGACGGGAAAGUGGGAAUCUACGAGGUCUUCUCCAACAAGCCUCCUCACAUCUCCAGCUCCUACCACAAAAAGACAGUGUAUUCUCUGGCCUGGGGACCGCCGCUGCCGCCGAUGUCAUUUGGGUCAUCAGAGGCUAAAGCGUCCUACAGCUUGUACAGCUGUGCCGGAGAGGGCGUCAUUCUGCAGCAUGACCCCUACAAGCUGAGUGGGGACGCCAGCGACAUCAACAAACUCAUCCGGGAGACCAACAACAUUGAUCACAAGUUGUCUCCGCACACCGACCUCAGCUGGAAGCCGGAUGGCAAAGUAGUCGCUAUCGGCAACGAGGACGGAUGUAUCGACGUCUAUCAGGCUCCGACUCUGAAGCUCUUGUGUAGCAUCCAGCAGCAUCACAAGAUCAUCAACACCCUGCGAUGGCAUCCAGAACACAACCACACCGAAGAGCUGCACGCCCUGCUGGCUUCGGGCUCCAGCAACGCCAUCGUCUACGUGCAUGACCUACGCUCUGUGAUAGAGAAUCCUCCGGAGAGUCCCCUGGUGUUGACAGAGCCUUAUCGCAGGCUGUGUGGUCACACUUCCAAAAUCACCGGGAUGUCGUGGAGUCCUCACAACAGUGGCAAACUGGCCACUGUGUCAUACGAUGGCACCGCCCAGGUGUGGGACGUGCAGCAGGAAGCGGCGGUCUCCAACUACCGCGGACAUGUGGGGUACCUGCUGUGCGUGGAGUGGUCCCCUGUCGACCCGGACGUCGUCUGGACAGGAGGGAAGGACUUCACCGUGCAAGAGUGGAGGGUCUCCAAGCAGGAGUUCACAAACCCGCCCAAAGGGAAGAAGAUGCUGGACCUGAAGGGGAAGAACAAGCAGAAGAAAAAGACCAAGAAGGAGACGCCAGAUCUUAACGGCGAGUUGGUUGUUGAGGUAGUCGCCACAGGACAGGAGCCUUCUGAUGACGAUGAACAGGUGGAGGUGGUCCCUGCUAACAGUCCUGUGCCUCCAGCAGCCUCCUUAGCGGUGCAGAGGAAACCCUCGACUGUGAUGAAGAAAGCAGACUCAAACGUGCAGAAGAGGAAGAAGGUUCGCUCCAUGCUGCCCAUCAGCACCGCCAUGGACCACCGGCCCAAAGAGGAGCUCCUGCAGGACUGCCUCACACUGGCGGCCUUCACGCACGGCAGUGCACCCCCUGCGGGCUGUGUACCUGGCCAGGGGGAGCACGUCCACCUGGGUCUCUUCUCCGACAGAGCCGCUCUGCACCGCAUGUUCGAUGCCGAAGAGGAAAGUCAUGUGGAGGCCGACCACUUUGAGUCGGUGGUCUACUUGCGUCUGUGGAGCGGAGACUUGGAGGGGGCGCUGCAGCUGGCGGCAGAAAAAGGAGAACUCAACGACCACCUCGUCUCCAUGGCGCCGAUGGCGGGCUUCAAGGUGUGGCACAGCACGGUGGAGCGCUACGUCAAGCAGCUGUGUUUGCAGGAGCAGCACCUGAAGGCCGCCUCCCACCUGCUGUCAAUCAACAAGCUGUAUGAGGCGGUCGAGCUGCUGCGCUCUCACAAGCUCUACAGGGAGGCCAUCGCUCUGGUCAAGGCCAGGCUACCGGCGGAAGAUCCAGUCCUGAAGGAUCUUUACACCUGCUGGGCCGCCAUGUUGGAAAAGGACGGACAUUUCUCUUCCGCUGCCAAAUGUUAUGUCGCUGCCGGCGCCAGUUUUGACGCCGCCAAGGUCAUCGCCCGCAAGAACGACGUCUCCUCGCUGAGGACGGCGGCCGCUCUGGCCCGCGUCUCGGGGGAGAGUGCCCUUGCCCAGUCGUUGGCUCUGCGCUGCGCCAAGGACUUGGCCUCGGCGAGGGACUGGAUCGCCGCUCAGGAGGUCCUCGCCUCGCAGGAGAGCCUGCUGGUUCACAGACUUCACCUCAGCAUCACCGAGCUGAUGUCCUCCGCUCUGACACAGUCGGGCGUCGUCCCCGCGUCGGCCGUUUCGGGUCACGAAUGGGCGGCGGCGUCGCCGUCUGGCAACAUCCACAUCCUCGAACGGGCACAAGACAUUUGGUCGGAGCAUUUUGGCAUAUUUAAGGUGGAGUCAGAGGGGAGCGGGUGCCUUGCGGAACUCCUGCAGGCACUGAAGAGCGUGGAAAGUCCAAGGGUCACCGCCAGCCUUCCUCUCAUGCAGGUGCUGCUGUCGUCGUCCCUCCAGGUGGCGUGUGGCGUCAUCAGCUGGUUGCUGGGUGACGGCGACCAACUGAUGAUGGAACUCUGGCAGGCGGUGUCGUGCUUCAGAGAGGCCACCGACUUCUGCGUCUUCGCCGAAAUCUGCAGGAUUCUCAUCCCCGGCGGAGACGUGGGCGCCUUGAAGACAAACCCUCUAAAGUCCGAGGACGCCCGAGAGGCCGCCGACAGCCUGCAGGUGUGGGUGGGGUACCACCGUCUGUACCAGUGCUGGUGGCAGCGCCCUGACAGCGAAGGACUCGCCCAUGGCGAAUGUUGGCUGGGCUUCGACGCGGCGUCGCUUCUGUCCGACACCUUCGCCGCCUAUCAGGCUGAGCAGAGGUCAGUCGGUGAGAUCCAGCAGCGUAUGAGCGCCAUGGUGAUGCAGCACAGUAGCGGCAACGGGGAUGAACCAGAGCGCCAUCAACAGCCUCAAGAGGACACUUUUCUUUCCUUGACAGUAAAGAUGGCCGCGCAUCAAAAGCAGCUCGCCGCCAUUCCUGAUACCAUCAAGUCAUUUCCUCAUCCAGAUGUCAUCGAGUGCUGCCUGGUGCUUCUCCACCUCAGCCAGAUGUCUCCUUGUGUCCCCGAGUCUCUGCAGCAAGACGCUAAAAACCUGCUGCGAAAAUACGCAACCAGCCCGGCACUGCGAAAGGCUUCUGAGCGAUUCCUCAGCUAAGUUUUUUGUUUAUGGGGAAAAGGAUUAAAAACAUUUCAUUUUAAUUACCUGUGCAGUGGAAGAAAAAUUGGCCGACUUUGCUUCUGUAUGAAAAAGAUUCAAGUGUACAUUGAAAAUACAAAACAAUUUAAUAUACAACGGUUUUGAAACAAUAAAGAAUGUAAAAACAAAA